AUGGUCAAACAAGGAUACCUUGAACCUUUGGGUUCAGUCCCUAUGCCCACCUGCGAAUCCUGUCUUCAAGGCAAAAUGUCAAACUUGCCUUUUUCAAGAAAAGGGGAAAGAGUUAUUGAGCUUCUUGAAUUAAUCCACAAUGAUGUAUGUGGGCCAUUGUCCACUACAUCAAGGGGUGGCUUUUCUUACUUCAUUACGUUCACCGAUGAUUACUCUUGA